UUAUUUAAGAAGCCUCGAGUAAAUGCAAUUCCAAUUUGGAAAGAUCACACACCCAAACAUGCCCACCUGCCUACUCCUCUUCCUUACAUACCUUAGCUUCUUUAUUAGCAUUGAAGCAUCCCAAGAGUCUGAUAGAGUCUUAAAUCUCCCUGGCCAGCCCUCAACCCCACCCAUCUCACACUUCUCAGGCUACAUCAAUGUCAAUCAAGACCAUGGAAGGGCCCUCUUUUAUUGGUUCUUUGAAGCUCAAUCACAGCCGUCCAAAAAACCCCUCCUCUUAUGGCUUAAUGGAGGACCUGGCUGUUCAUCUAUAGGGUAUGGAGCAGCUGUGGAAUUGGGUCCGCUGAGGGUUCAAAGGAAUGGAACUGGCCUUGCAUUCAAUAAAUAUGCUUGGAAUAAAGAAGCAAAUUUGCUAUUUUUGGAAUCCCCAGUUGGAGUUGGCUUCUCUUACACCAACACAUCCUCUGAUCUCACUCAUCUAAAUGAUUCAUUUGUUGCUGAGGAUGCAUACAAUUUUUUGGUGAAUUGGCUGAGAAGAUUUCCACAGUAUCAAAGCCAUGAUUUCUAUAUAUCAGGAGAGAGUUAUGCAGGUCAUUACGUGCCCCAACUAGCUGAGCUUGUGUACGACAGGAACAAAGAUGAAAAGAAUUACCCUUUUAUUAAUCUCAAAGGUUUCAUAGUGGGUAAUCCGGAGACAGAUGAUUAUCAUGAUUCAAAGGGGUUAGUAGAGUAUGCAUGGAGCCAUACGGUCAUAUCAGACCAGCUUUACGAGCGUGUGAACCGAGUCUGCGAUUUCAAGCUCCUAAAAUGGACAGAUGAAUGCGAUGGGGCCAUGUCUGAUGUCUACCAACUGUACAGAGAGAUUGAUAUUUACAAUAUCUAUGCGCCCAAGUGCGUGAUCGACGGUUCAGAUUCUUCGGCUGGGGACCGCAUGGAUGGUUCUAAUCCUAAGGUACAAAAAAAUAGUUUGAGGAGGAUGAGAAUUUAUGGUGGAUAUGACCCAUGUUACUCAAAGUAUGCUGAAGAAUAUUUCAAUCGGCUGGACGUCCAAACAUCACUUCAUGCAAAUGUAACAGGAAAUAUUAAUGGAAAAUGGGAGGUUUGCAAUAAUUCCAUACUGCGGACAUAUGAUUUUACAGUAUUUUCUGUUUUACCAAUCUACACGAAACUCAUCAAAGGUGGGCUGAGGAUCUGGGUCUACAGUGGGGACACAGAUGGCAGGGUCCCAGUGAUUGGCUCUAGAUAUUGGAUAGAGGCUUUGGGGCUGCCCCUCAAAACUCCAUGGCGUUCUUGGUACUACAACAAUCAGGUUGGAGGGAGAUUUGUGGAGCAUGAGUCGCUAACAUUUGUAACAGUAAGAGGAGCUGGUCACUUGGUGCCUCUCAACAAGCCUAGUGAGGCUUUUCUGCUCAUCAAUUCUUUCUUAUGGGGUCAACCCGUCCCCACCACACAUAAAUGAACCAUGGCCGAACCGCCCGGCUCAACCGAUUUGGGUUUGGCCCAUCGCUCACACACGACUGAAGAGAAAAGAUGGACGGAUUUUAUUUGUUUCGGCUACUUUUACUUUAGAGGAAUAAGAACUUUAGUUAAUUUGUUAAGUUAUAGAUACUAUAUUGUGGAAAAUGUAAGUUAUUUAUUUCACUAGCAAAUGAUAUUAGGUGCUUUGAAAAGAGUAGCUUGAAUUUUAAAGGUAGUGGAUGUUGUAAAAGAAAAAUUCAUCGGUAAUAUUGCGAUGAAAUGGCUAGUAGCAUGAGGUGAGUAAAUACUU